AUGCAACGGCUCAAUUUUGAGCCCUCCAGUGGUUCCGCACCAUCAGCGGAUAUUCUAUCACCAAAACAUUCGGCACAAAGAAUGCUGAGUGGUCCACAUAGGCGUUCUCAUGCAAAUCCCAAUCCAUUUCCCCAACCUAAAGAUGGUUCGAAAUACUCUUCGCGUAGUAAUGCUAGGGGGCAUCUGUCGGAGGCAUCACGUAUGCGUGACUCACAGAUGGAUAGACAGGAUAUGCAUGCACAAGAUACUGAAAGAGCAAUGAAACCUACACAACAACAACGAAUGAGUAGUAAUCCUGCAUACACUAGCUCAGCGAAGAACAGGUACAACAAUGACGCCCACAGGCCCGAGCCUCCACCGCCUCCCUCCUAUUCAAGUACGUACCACGAGUACGAUCGAAGUCAGCAUGCGAGUGUGCCCGGCGCACAACGACCACGCACACAGCAGGUGGUCAAAACACCCAUUGACGGCGACCACCAAUGGGUAUUCUAUGGUCAUGAAGGAGGAAAUCAGCCGGUCAAGAUACAACCACAUCCUGCACCUCCACCCCUACCACCCCCACCCCCGCCGUCUCAGCAACUAUCUACACAACCACCCCUUAGGCUCAUCAGAGCUGCGAUUAGCUCGAAAACGAUUACUGACCGCGAUGGUACUGGAUCUGUUCGAAACGAUACCCUUUCGUCGACUGGUUUAAGGGGAAAGAGUAGGCGGUCUCAGAAAAAAGGCCCAACUCAAACAGUCCAGAACAAGAUGAAGAUGUUCCAGUAUCACUGGAAGAUCGACAAACCAAUGGUCAAUUCGUUUCCCUUAACCGUAGCUCCCCACUCAAGCCAAGGUCAGGAAUCAGUCCAAGGACGCUCUCAUGCACAAAACCAACACCAAGAACAACUGAAAUACGCAGCGACACAUCUCCAGCCACACAGAUCGCGAUCACCGCACCCACGUACCGUUAGUAGAGGUGAACAGUUCAUGAACGAGGCCAGUGAAACAUACGAUCAACCUGGUAGCACAUUGGAGGUUGUACGUCCACGAGCGUCUAUUUAUACUCGUCCCGAGUCACCUUAUGCGCGACCACCUGGCACAUCUCACUCUACAACGAAACCGGUAGCCAUACAACAUCGUCUUAGGCCAGAGGACAACUCCGGCAACUACAGCACUAGCUUUUCAGAUACUAAUAUUACGUACAAAGCGUCUCUGGAACACACAGAUUAUGAGAAAGAGCGCCCAACGGGCGGCACGGCAGUAAGGUUGGGAGCGUCUGCUCCAGAAUACAAGCAAGGGCUUCACCCAAAGCUACUGAUUAGGUAUGCUUCGAGUAAUGAGGGAGAAGAUAUAUACCAAGACAAAGAUAGGCCGCCUAGCCGGCAUUCGAGCUCUGACUAUAUUGAAGGUGAUGAGAGAGGGUCCAGGUCGGAGUACAAUGCAGAAUCGGAUGUGAAUCCAAAUGCAAACGGGGAUGAACCUAUGACACCGCUGCAGAUGUUGCUGAUAUCUGUGGAUAGACAGUUGGUGAUAGAGGGGCAGAUGCUCGUCGAAGCAUCUGACAGCGCCAAGUCCUGUCGCGGAUCCAGAUCAACGCACAGCAGCUUCAAUCAAGAAGUACCGCCUGAAGUACCAUCAGCAGUCCGAAAUUCAGAUGGAGUGAGCGAUCGAGGCCCAAUCGGCGGAGUUCCCAAAGUACGAGACAGGCGGACACCCACCGGCGCUCACAGGCACAGACGGGCUCCGUCGAGCAAAUUGGCCACUACAGUGCCACACGAGGUGCUAUUGCCCAUCCAAAGUCAAAGUGAAGGAGAACAGAAGCGCAGUAGUGGGAGUGGCAGUGAAACGGACUCUAUGUGAUUUAAUAGAAGUCCUAGAGAGUUUCGAUCACUUACGCCUCGAUAAGUAGGUGUUACACCUUAUCUAGAUUUGAACGAAUAUGUAGGAUGCCUCAAAUUUAAAGAAUAGAGUUUACAAGUUUUAAUGUACUUUGUUGAUGAUGAUUGAGCUAUACACGACCUCAAAGAAUUGCCAAGUGCCAAUAACGGUACUUAUAAUCCAGCGAACUCAACUAACAGAUCUGAAUAUAAAUGUUGCUACCUUGGGAAU